AUGUCACCGUCUGCAGGAGCCUCCCUUCUCUCUCACUGUUCGACAACACCGAGGACAACACCGAGGACCACUGCGAGGACAACACCGAGGACCACUGCGAGAUUAAAGAUGUCGUCUCUGGGACUCUCUCUGGUCUUGGCUCUGGUCUUGGCGUCUACAGCGGUCUUCGUUGGGGCUCAGACGACCUGCAGAGGGCGCUGUGGCGAGGGAUACUCCAGAGCCAACAGUUGUCAGUGCGACUACGGCUGCCUGGUCUACGGAGAGUGCUGCAAGGACUACGAACGCCUCUGCACCUCCGAGGGCACGUGUAAAGGCCGCUGUGGAGAGAAUUUUAAACGUGGUCGUUCCUGCAGCUGUGAUUCAGAAUGUGUGUUAUACAACCAGUGCUGUCCGGACCAUGUGGACCACUGCAACCAGACCAUCACGACACCAUCAGCCAGCGAGGAACCAGCAACAACUGCACUGACAACACAACCAGCCACCACACCAGCAGCCACCACACCAGCAGCCACCACACCAGCAGCCACCACACCAGCAGCCACCACACCAGCAGCCACCACACCAGCAGCCACCACACCAGCAGCCACCACACCAGCAGCCACCACACCAGCAGCGAGUGAGGAACCAGCCACCACACCAGCAGCCACCACACCAGCAGCGAGUGAGGAACCAGCCACGACACCAGCAGCGAGUGAAGAACCAGCCACCACACCAGCAGCGAGUGAGGAACCAGCCACGACACCAGCAGCGAGUGAAGAACCAGCCACCACACCAGCAGCCACCACACCAGCAGCGAGUGAGGAACCAGCCACGACACCAGCAGCGAGUGAGGAACCAGCCACGACACCAGCAGCGAGUGAGGAACCAGCCACCACACCAGCAGCGAGUGAGGAACCAGCCACGACACCAGCAGCGAGUGAGGAACCAGCCACGACACCAGCAGCGAGUGAGGAACCAGCCACCACACCAGCAGCGAGUGAGGAACCAGCCACCACACCAGCAGCGAGUGAGGAACCAGCCACCACACCAGCAGCGAGUGAGGAACCAGCCACGACACCAGCAGCGAGUGAGGAACCAGCCACGACUCUGCCGACAACACAACCAGCCUCCACUGCGCCCCCCAUCCCAGACCUGGACGGUUUCGAGGUCCUCCCAGAGUCCCAGACCACAGCUGAAACAGACCCCACCGCGGCUCCACCUCCCACCGUGACAGAGCUGCCCCCGGAUCCCACCACACCUGCACCAACAGCUGCGCCAUCGUCACCGGCUUCUGAAACGCCUCCAACCACCACACCAGUCCCUCAGACCUCCACCCCAGUUCCUGAGACCACCACUCCACCCCCCUCCACCAAAGAGGAAGCUACUACGGCUCCAGCGGCGGACGUGACGACCGAAGCCUCCGUGUCCAAACCAGCAGAGAAGCCCUUUGAACCAGCGGUGGAUCUGGACAACAAACCUGUGCUGAACGGCCUGGAGGACCCUGCGGACUACCCAGCAGACGACAGUAACGACAGAGACCUGUGCAGCGGACGUCCCAUCACCGGAGUCACCACGCUCAGCAACGGGACAGUAGUGGUCUUCAGAGGGCAUUACUUCUGGGUCCUGGAUGAAAACAAGAUCCCAGGUCAGGCCCAAGAGAUCAGCGAGGUCUGGGGCACCCCCUCCCCCAUCGACACAGUCUUCACACGCUGCAACUGCCAGGGCAAGACCUACAUCUUUAAGGGGCCUCAGUACUGGAGGUACGAGAACGACGUCAUGGACCCGGGUUUCCCCAAAGUGGUGGAGACGGGGUUCGACGGCCUGAGGGGCCCGGUGACCGCCGCGCUCUCGGUGCCGCAGCACAAGCAGCGGAGAGAGGCCGUCUACUUCUUCCAAAAAGGAGGGAAAGUGCAGAAGUAUUCGUACCAGUUCGCUCCCAGUUCGUGCGGCAGGAAAGUCCAGUACGCGGUUUACACUCGGCGCCAGAGGACGGUGCGACAGGUCCCAGUGCACGUCUCUCUGUUGGAACCUGCCAUAAACUACAAGACGGCGUGGAGAGGUUUUCCCGCCACCGUCACCGCCGCUGUGUCGAUUCCCAACAGGAGGGAGGCGGACGGCUUCAGCUACCACAUCUUCAACAGAGCUAAAUCCUACAGGAUCCGGAUCGAGGCCGAGCGUCCUGUGGUCGUCGCCGUCAGCGCCAACACGUCCCAGACCAACGAGGUCUUCAGAUGUCCGCGGAGAAACCACAAACCACAGUGA